UGUCUUUGCCGCAGUGGCCCUUCUCCCACGACCCUGCGGUGCCGUGAGUCCUCCGGGAUGCAGGCCAGUGGGGGGCCGCGGGGUCAGCAGAGGAGCCCUCCCCCGAGGCGCGUGCCUGCCCAAGGCCCUGCGGGGGCUCGGGCAAACAGGAUGGUACUGGGGAAGUAUGACUGUUAAUGAAGCCAAAGAGAAAUUAAAAGAGGCACCAGAAGGAACUUUCUUGAUUAGAGCUAGCUCGCACUCAAACUACCUACUAACAAUAUCUGUUAAAACAUCAGCUGGACCAACUAAUCUGCGAAUUGAAUACCAAGAUGGGAAAUUCAGAUUGGACUCUACCAUAGGUGUCAAGUCCAAGCUUAAACAAUUUGACAGUGUGGUUCAUCUGAUCGACUGCUAUGUUCAGAUGUGCAAGGAUAAGCGGACGGGCCCAGAAGCCCGCCACCCCCAUGGCACUGUUCACCUUUACCUGACCAAACCGCUCUGCACGUCAGCGCCACCUCUGCAGCAUCUCUGUGGACUCACCAUUAACAAAUGUACCGGCGCCAUUUGGGGAUUGCCUUUACCAACAAGACUGAAAGAUUGCUUGGAAGAAUAUAAAUUCCAGGUAUAAGUGUUUCUCUUUUUCUAAACGUGCCUCACGUAGAGUAUCUCCGAAUGCAGCUAUGUAAAAGAGAACCAAACCUUGAGUGGACUGCUCUGGAUGACUACACGGAAUCCUUUCUAAGAACAGCUGAAGUCAAUCUAAUUUAAAUGUGUGAAGAGGUAGCUAGGUAUUUAAAGCCCCCCCUCCUUCCCUCCCCAGAUAUUUUCACCAGAGGGAUGUUUCCCUUCCUAAGGCUGACUGAGACCAGUUGUUCUUUUAAAUUAAAAAUAAAAUGUCCCAAGUCAAGGCUGAA